AUGUUCACUUACGACCCUCUUCAGGAGAAAAACUGUGAGAUCAGGCUCGUUCGGCUGGAUUCCUCUACAUUUGAGGCGGACAACCUGGAUGAUGCUGCUGAGCCUGAGACCAUCUCACUGGAGAUGCGGCAUGUGUCUAUGAACGAUGAAAUUGAAUACGCGGCAUUAUCAUAUACCUGGGGAAACCCUCAUGACACAGAGGAUAUCUUCGUCAAAGGCACACCGUUUCCCGUAACCCGAAACUUGGCUGCAGCGUUGAAGCAAUUCCAUCAGCAGAAGCUGCAGUCGUGGCUAUGGAUCGACGCAAUCUGCAUCGACAUGUCAAAUGCUCUAGAGAGGCACUUGCAAGUUGGUUCGAUGAGAGAAAUAUACAGCCAAGCCAGCCUGGUCCAUAUCUGGCUGGGACCAGGCUGUAUGGAGACCGACUUGGCGAUGGAUCUGGUCUCUCGUUUGGGCCCAGCCGCAGUCGCUUGUGACGUGGCGAGCUCAUUCGGUCAUCACACAGUGCCGCCCGAGGUCAGGUCCUACAUCAAGAAGCGCGCAGAAGCCCGAGAUCUGAAUGGAGGGACAGAAGAUAACCCCGGGCCCGCCUUAGGGAUGUUUCUUUACGAUCUUUUCGAGGAGGAGGGCUUAUCAGGCAAAGGGGAACCUGGGAAUGGCGGAGGCCCUCUGAAGUCUGGAAUUGCGAACAUUUUUGAGACGAGAUUACUGGCAUCGCAUCUGGGCUUUCCAAGAACUAUCGUGCAUGUUGGCACAAGAACGGUCUCGCUCGACAUGUUUGACGCAAUAUUCACUGCAUUAUGGAGCUACUGGAUCCACGAUCUCAGACGUCUGCAGUCAAGGUGGAAUAAUAUCCUAGCGGGCUUAGGAGGCACUCUCUAUACUAUCAAGGGACUUGAUACCCGUCGUUGGAUGCGAUUUCCUUCCGGCCCAAUGAAAGCGAAGCUGGCAAAUAUCUUGUGGGAACGCGUCAUCGCACCGAACCGCCCCUUCUACAGCGCAACAGACCCCAGAGAUAUCCUAUACGGGCUUCUAGGGAUAAUUCCAGCGGAGCAAGCUAAGAGAGUGCGCGUCGACUAUCAGAAACCAGUUGCUGAGGUAUUCGCAGAAAUAACCAGACUCCUCCUGGAUGAAUCCAGUAGCCUUGAAAGGCCGGAUCGGCGUGCUUUUUACCUAGACUCCUGUUUACCAGGGGAAAUAGACGGUCCUUUACCCACGUGGGUUCCCGAUUGGCGGGAGGUUGGAAAGUAUGGAGUGCGAACUUGGGAAAUCGGUUACGGAAGAGACUUCAAAGCUGCUGGAAACAUAGCCCAACCGGCCUCUACUCCAAACAAUUGUGUUGGAAGUUUGGAAAUACUCUGCAAGACUGGAUGCCGCGUUGAUGUGAUUACCGAAGUUAUGGAACCGCCUGAAUGGAUUCAGUUCGAUCGGUAUAAUGCAUCGCAAAUCCGGGAUGCAGAUGCUUGGGUCCAACAGAUCGCUCGCUUUGUCGGAUUAGGCCCCGAGUCAGGGCCCGGGGAGGAUUAUAUCUGGCGCACGGCUAACACUCCUGCUACCUAUCGAAUUAAGCCUGAUGGGGACAUCCGAGAACUGGUCCGCAAGUUUAUGCGGCAGGAAUCUAUAGAUGCUGGAAGUUUGACGAAGAAACAAGUCCAGUUUCUCUAUGAGAAUUUUGGUCGUCGUUUCUUCGACGGGGCUCCUCCUGCAGGUCCCAGUGAUGAUGAGCUCGGACGUAUUGCGCAUGAAUGGCGACGGAAUGCGGGUACUUGUAGCAGGAACCGCACCUUUUUCAAGACCGCGAAGGGGAUGUUUGGGCUUGGACACUUGGGGGUUGAGGUUGGUGACACCGUGACACUUAUCUGGGGUGUGCGUUCACCCAUAGUCGUCAGACAGCGAGUAGAUGGCGGUUUUUACUUUCGUGGAGAUGCUUAUGUGGAUUGGAUUAUGCAUGGCGAGUUUCUUGCUACCUGUAACCCUGCACAUGAGGAGUUCUCAAUACAUUAA